UUCUAGAAUAAAUCCACCCCAGCUCUGCAGGAAAAUAAGUCUUCUGAGGAGUGAUUGACAGCUCUAUUGUUCCAUUAGACACAAUGUAUCUUUUUAAGUAUUUGGGUCAUGCAGGCUCUCUGUAAAGAUGCCGUUCGGGGCAGAUACAGCGAUCGUACGUCCUCAGCCAAUUACUAAGUUGAUUCUUUACAAGUAAAACAGCCAUUGGUAGGAUACACUUGCGCAGUCCCAGAGUUAUUUGUGUGUGUUGACCAAAAAGAGCAGCCAGUUGGGGGCUGAAAUGUUUUUGCCUAGAUCUCAAUGACAGAACUCUGCAAUGGUAGAAUAAAUUUGUGAAGGCGAUAAUGCGCUCUGAUAGGGAGGGAUACAACCUGGAAUGAAACAUAAUGCGAUCGGCAGGGCUCAAAAUUCUUCCCCUAAUUCUAGUGCAAAGAGUGCUGACAUUGCAAGCGCUUAAUGUUUUUUUUUUCAAGUUCAGUAUUGGCAGGCUCCACAUACCGAAAAUAAAUAAUGGCGCGAUCGGCUAACCUCAAAGGCUGGAAAGAUCUUUCUGCUCCAUAACAAACACACCGCCCCCCCCUCUCAAAACUUUAUACAUUAUAUAUCUUUUUGCUGAUAAGAAGAAAGGAUUACUUUGUGGAAUGCAGCGUUUAAGUACUCUACAUCAGAGAAUUAAAAAGAAAUGUCUUAAGCAGAAGGGUGACACAACAUUUAAUUUUCCCGCCGUUCACUGUUCACCGAGAAUUUUAUUUUCUAUCCAUGGACGGUUGUUAGAACACCAUUCUUGUUUCAGGGACUUCACAUUUUCUUCGCAUAGGUUUUAUGCCACCAUGGGGGCCACAACAUCUUGCUGUGUGCACAGACCCUGACAGGUCUUUUGUUGUAGAGGAACGCAAGGGAACGGGAGGGCCGUUCUCACGAGUGCCAAGUGGAGAAGCUUGAACAAAAGAAUGCGUUCCUGGCGUUCGUAGGGGUGCGAAGGGUCUCUGUAUUUUUGAUGCCGUCCCUAAAUAGACUGAUCAACCCUUGGCUUAGAUCAAGGAACAAUAUGCCAGAACUGGACUUUAUGUGGCUUCCCUUUAUAAUAGUUAUAACUAUUCAGCAGGUCGGGAUUUAUAAGUGUAUAAUUGACCUGUAAUGGAUAUGUCAACCUACAUUUAACUUAGGGAGGGAUGCAGUAUCCUGAGAACGAUAUAUCAUAGCACAUCAUUUGGGGAAUACUUUUCAUUAGAACACCCACAAGUGCAUCGUGGGAAGGCAACCAACUGCAUGAAAAAACAUGACUGGAGACACAGAACAGAGGGAGCUCGAGUGACUGGAUGAGGUCCAGUACCCACUAUUGGAUCACCAGUGUCAACUAUGUAGAAGUCACACGUUACACGGGACAACAUGGAACCAGCAAAACGAACUGUAGUAUUCAGACAUCCUAGAACUUUGAUGGGCUCAUGCAGGCAGUGUAGCAGUAUUGGCAAUCAUCUGCCCAGAAGCAACCAUGUACAUCUCAGAAAGACCCUUCUACUGCUUCCACAGUACUGGAGGAGUUCCUGGGACUUGUACAUGUACAAGUGGAGGUGGAAGAAUAGCCGUCAUCAAGUCACAACAGAAACAAUGAUAAUGGUGAAUUUCCUAGAAGCUAGUGGAGCUCCAGCACAUCCCAUCUUUUCUGGCAGUAAUGUCCUCAGAGCUGAAAGUAUUGGAAGAGGGACCAAGGGGAAGGUUACCUGUGUCAACAAGGAAGCACUUGAGUGGUGCAUCAGUUCUGGCCAUAUUCCUGUAUUGAGUUCUAUUGGAGAAACAAGCAGUUCUCAACUGGUCAGCAUAGAUGCUGUACAUGCCACAGCAGAAGUAGCAAAAGCAGUCCAAGCAAUGAAAGUACUGUUCUUGAACACAACAGGAGGGUUACGAGAUCGUGGAGGGAGGAUAAUAGAAGAGGUUCACAUACCAGCAGAUCUGGAUGCCUUGAUGAAGCAGUCAUGCAGUAGUCAAGACCAUAAAACCAAAGAACUAGUUUGUGGUCUUGUAGCUGAUCUACCUCCAUUGUCCAGUGUCGUCAUCACAUCAGCCAAGACUAUCCUUACAGAGCUGUUUACACAUCAUGGCUCUGGAACCAUGUUCAAGAAGACUGAAAGAAUCUUGAAAUAUUCCAGCUUAAAAGAUGUGGACAUUGACAGACUGAAGAAACUUGUAACAAGGUCCUUUGGGAGGGUCUUAAAAGAAAACUACUUCAAAGAACUUGAAGGGCGACUCCAUACUGUCUACCUUUCAGAGGGAUACAGCGCAGUGGCUGUGAUAACUCAGGAAGCUGGACUGAAUGUACCAUAUCUUGACAAGUUUUCAAUAAGUCUUCAGAGACAGGGAGAGGGUACAAGCGAUAUGCUGUGGAACUGUGUCAGGAGGGAUUUUCCAAGUCUGUUUUGGCGAUCCAGAAUCUCUAACAAGGUCAAUGCCUGGUAUUUCAAGCGUUCAGAGGGUAGCUGGAGUAACAGCAAAUGGACAGUUUUUUGGUAUGGCAUCUCCAACCAACAGUUGUCCUACACUCUGGUGGAAUGGGCUGUCAAGAAGCCCAAAUCAUUCCAUGAACCAGAUGAAUAUGAAGAAUGGCCCGCAAUCACUGAGUCAUUAUGAGGUACUAGGUCUUUUGUUGCUGAUAUAUUUUCAUAUUGGAUAUAGAUAUGGGAUUUAAGUGGUUUGCAUGUAACUACCAAAUAUCAUGGAAGCUUCCUAGUUUGACACUGGUCUAAUGAUGUACAGUAAUAACUUGUCACAUUGCACAUGAGAAGUUGCGCUGUUAUCAGUAAAGGCAAAUUAGCACUGAGUUUGGGGGAAAGCCUAAAAAUUGUGUGCAACUGAAGCAGAUGUGAGAUUGGGUUGCCUCUCAUGCGUUGGAAAUUCCUAAAUUUCUGUUAAAUUUAUAAUUACUUUUAUAGUAUCAAAUGACUAUUUGUGAAAUGUGGGUGCCUGUCUGUGUUACUCCUGUUCAUUGAGAUAAAUUUUGAGACAGUUUGUUUAUUUUUUACAGGUGGUAUAUAGGUUGGCCAGUUCCUUGGUUAUGUUGGAAUUUGGCUUGCAGGUGCUUUAUUUCUGAACCGAUGUUCUUACCUUGCUGUGAAAUAAAGAAGCUCAUAAUUGGUUGCUUUGUCUGUACUCAUUGAGAAGGAAAGAAAACCUAGGUUCUGCCAUCAUGUGAUCUUAUGUUACAGUUGUGAAACUGCUGAUGAGUGUUGCAGUUCUUUAUCAUAUGUUCUAUACAUAAAAUGAUUAGCUGCUAAAGAAUUAUUAGGGGAAAACAAAUGCACUUGGCCUGUCUUUUAAUUAAGCAAGCAUGUUUAGGACUGGCUUGGCUUUGGAAGCUGAUAGCGAACAGAGUUUGACGCAAGGGUCAUUAUCAACUUUCAAAGCCCAGCUGGUCUUAAACAUACUUCUCUUUAACAUACUUUCUCUAAGACUGGUGAAGCACAAAUUUUUCCCAUUCAAUAAAUACUUGUUUGUAUAAUUUGGCAAACUCCCAAACUGCUUAUGCAUAAAUUUCUGUCUGUAUCACUCUACACAAUAAGAUUAUUUAGAUGACACGAAUGGGACUGUCAACCAGACUAAAAUGGCUGUUGUUGCCAGAGGGGCAUUUGGUAAGAACAAGAAAAUUGUUUUCUAAACUGUGAAGCCAACACUUGUGCAUGGAUAUGCAAUCAUAUUUAACCUGAAAGUUGUGAAUUUUCAAAAGGACAUAUUGGUGAUUUAUUUUUUAACUGGGAGAUACGCUAACAGUUGUGCAUGAUGUGUAUAAUAAUGAUGCAAAUGUGCUCUGAUGUUUCACAUCAACUUUUCAGGCUUGGUUAAAAUGUUCACAUUUAUUGCUCUUUUUUAACAGGUUUCAAUUACAUCUCAUUUAAAGAUGGUUUGCCCGAUUGUAACAGAGCAUAGAGCUUUCUCACUAUUCUCAGCUUUGAAAUAAACAUUUCCUUGUCAUGUUUGCAUAUGCUGAAAUUUUGUAGUCUUAAAAAGCAUGCAAAAAGUCUUUAGGUUCUGCACAGAGAUCUAGAAUUUUGCAAAAUUGAGAGAAUGACUCACCUUGAUGUCUGAAUAUUCUCCAACCAUCCCACACGCAUUAGCCUUGACCUUGACAUCCAUUUCCAGCUGUCAGCAAGGUUUCAACCCAAUCGGACUUGUACCUCAGGAGAUACAUGUACAGUUAUUAAGGGUGUGCUUUUUAUGUCACGUGACUUUUCACCUGAUGACGUCAUCAUCACAUGAUGCCAGGUUUCACCUGUAAUGCUUCCCUUUCUAGCUAUCUGCAGUUUCAUCCCAAUCAGACAUGUUCUUCAGAAGAUACAGGACUUUGAAGAUUUCACCUUAUCAUGUGACACGUGAUGACGUCAUUAUUGUGAUUUUGUUUGGGACCCUCUGUAGCUGGUGGACUAAGAGUGUGCACCUAAUAUACAGUCAUUCAGAUCAUUCAAGGUCCUGCAGUUUGCUGUUGAAACAUACUAAACUUAUUAGGAAAAUGAAGUAUGCAACAGUCUAUAAUAGAUCAGGUGAUGAUGUCAUCAUGACAUCAUGCUUUGAGGUACAUCUAUGCUAUAGCCUAGGGUCUUUGAGGUAACUUCAAUGAAGAUACAUGUACAAACUUGUAGAGGGACUAGGGGCACAAAAACCAUGUACAAAAUGAAUGGCAUUUUGUCAGAAGAACAUCAUGGAGGAGGAGCAGAAGGACAAUAAGAUUUCUGACUUUUCAAAUGAAAACUUUAUUUUGUUGUAUUUGAAAACGAACCAAAGUUACAGUAACUUUAACAAAAUUAAACUAUUUACAAAUAAAAUAUCUGAGAAAUGAACAAAGUAAAGAUCGAUGUUUAAUAGAAAUGAAGUAAGCGAAAAUGUGUACAAAAUAAAACAUCAAUGAUCAAUGGAAA